AUGGCGUCGAAUACGAGGGCCUCGCGUUCCGCGUCGCGGUUUUCGAGUCCCGCGCAGUUGGCGGCGGCUGGGAAGGAUGCGAACAAGCCGCUCGAGUUUUCAAAGGCCCCUCCUGUCAAUGAAGGAUCCCGAACCUUUUUGCAGAAAUGGCUGGAGCCGUCGGUCCAGAGCAAAACCAGCUUCGAGGAGGCCGGCCUGAUGCGGUUUGGAGUCUUGGAGAACAUGGCGCCGUUGGGGGCCCUGCCGAAAGCCAAGAAGGCCGCGGGCGAGAACGGAGCGCCAGUAAGAAAGAUUAUCUUGAAGACGUCGGGGGCGGACGCCUCGAAGCUGGCCAGGGCGCGAGAGAAUCCGGCCAGCCACGCCGGCGUCAUCGAGAACACACCGCUGCAAAUGUCGCCUCCCGCAUCGCCCUUGCCUCUGUCUCCUGCGGCACCCGUGGCACCCGCAAACGGCAACGGCAAAUCACUCGUCACCAGAGUCAAGGACGAGGGAGCCGAGGACGACGAGUACGACCCCGGGGGAACCGACGGGCGCAGGAGGUCGCGCAGAGUGUCGGUGCCCGUGAAGAAGCUGAUGCCGGCCCCCGUCGGGUCGGCAGGUCAGUCGUCGCCGGUUCCCGAGCGCAGGAUGAGCUCUGCAAGCACCGCGCCGAAGCCCAAAACACCCGCGAAGCGGCAGAGCAGCAGAUCGGCGCCCGAGCCGCGGGGGUUCACGGACAAGGUGGUGGCGUCAGCGGUGGAAGAGGCGCUGAAGCACUACCGCUACCCGACCGCCUGGGCUCUGAGGACCCUCUACGACGAGAAGAGCGGGGACGCGGACUUUGUGGCCAUGCUGGAGGACGUCUUCAGCCAAACAGCCGACGAAGAGACCAUGGAGCAGUUCCGUCGACAGGUGGAAGAGAGGAAGCGCCAGGGCAAGAAGGGCAAUCGAGGAUGCCAGCACUUUGCACCCGCCGCCACCACCAACAGCAGCAGCAGCGGCGGCGGCAGAUUUACGCCGGACAAACCGAUGGAGGCGCCGUAUGGGAACCUGGUUCUCGAGCCAGAGCGGUCAUGCCGAAGAACCCGCAAGGCAGCGGCGGCAGCCAGCAAGGCGAAACCGCCGUCGCAUGGUGGAGCGGCACGCGUUGCCGCCACGCCGCCUCGCAGGCAAGGGGCAGCAGGCUGUGGCGAGGCUUCGACUGCUGCCGAUGCUGCUGAUGCUGCCGAUGCUGCUGAUGCUGCCGAUGCUGCCGAUGCUGCCGAUGCUGCCGAUGCCGAUGCCGCCGCUGCCGCCGCUGCCGCCGCUGCUGCCGCUGCUGCCGCUGCCCAUGCGGGCGCACGACUUGGCUACGCCGGCAGCAGUGGCAGGACGACGCUCGCCAAGAGCAUGGUCAAAGUCAAAACACCGGGGUCGCGGAAGCGCGCAAGAAGGAGCUCGGCGUCGAGCGACUCGUCGCUGUCGACUGCGUUGAGCCUGUCGUCCCCCGAGAUCUUGAGGGCCAGCAGUCUCAACAGCCCGACGGCAGGGCGGAUGGCGCCGAGGGCGACCGCCGCCGCACGCGCUGGAGGCGCUGGAGCCCCCGCUGGAGCCGGCGGCGUAGCGAGGCAUCCCGCCAAACCGUGCGCUGGAGCCAAGCCCCAGGCCUCCUCCCAGGCUCUGCCAAAGCCGCAACCAAUCAAGACCCGCGGCAAGCCGGCUGCUGCCUCGAGCAAACAGGCUUUGGCCAACUCGUCCCGGUCAAGCUCUCCCACCUUUCACCACACGACAAGUCGCCCGCUCACCUUGCCAUGCCCGGCUUCUGCUGCUGCUGCUGCUGCUGCUGCUUCUGCUUCUGCUUCUGCUUCUGCUUCUGCUUCCCUGCGCGAGACGGACGAUGCUAGCUUGCCUGGUCGUCUUUCCGCCGCAGAGCUCUUCCCCAACUUGAACACCAAAGGCACGACGAGGGGAAGAACGACGAGAGACACGACGAGGGGCACGACGAGGGGAAGCACGACGAGGGGAAGCACGACGAGGGGAAGCACGACGAGGGGAAGCACGACGAGGGACACGACAACGUCACUCGGGUCGGCGUCACCAGCCAGCAACAGCGACGGCCAGGCCACCGCGCAGGCUCAUAUGCCCGAGGACGAUGAGCCCUCGUUUUGGGACCGGCGGCUGAACGCGAGCAAGGUUACCAACAGCUACAACGCGCAGGAGAGCUCUGUUCGAGGCCCUGAUGCUGCGUCCCAGACGACGCCUGUUCAGAACACCAGGAGGACGCGCCAGUCUCUUCUUGCAGCGGCCAGCCUAACCACCCGGGCUACUCGAUCCGCAAGCAAGCGGCCCCAUGACGAGGCGGAAACGGCCGUCUCGCCGCUAUCCUUGUCGCUGGCUGGUGAUGCAGUUUCAGCGGCGGAAUCCCGCGCGGCUACUCCCACGUCUUUGCGUCCCGCCAAGAGGCAGAAGACGGGCUUACGCGUCAAAUCAUCGCCGGUCAAGAAAAAGGGGGGUACUGCUGCGGGUGUGCCCCGGCCGGCGAAUGAGCCGAGUUCGUCAUCAUCAGUGAAUGGCACCAUGCCAAAGGAUCCCGCGGCCGAGAAUGACGAGUAUUGCUCCGCCUGCGGAAACACCGGAGACGUCGUUUGCUGCGACGGCUGCCCGCGAUCGUUUCACUUUGAGUGUGUGGACAUGGUGCAAUCUGACAGCCUCCCCGACGAGUGGUUCUGUAACGAGUGUCUUAUCCGUCGUUACCCUUCUCGCGUGCCCGUUCACAAGGGCAUCUUUGGGAGCGCCCUCAACUACUUGGAAAAGUGCAUUCCCCGGGCCUUUAGCCUACCGAGGCGAGUCCAGGCGCGGUUUGAGGGGGUCCGGGCCGGCGCCGACGGCGAUUACGAAGACGUGGCGACGACGAACAAGGCUGCAAAGAAGAGAAACGGCUACGAUGAACUGCCCGACUUCUUCAAGCAGCGCGAGGACGGACAAGCAGUCUUGUGUCACGGCUGCCAGAGGGCGGCAGGCGAAAUCAGGUCCAUCAUCCCCUGCAGCACCUGCCCCCUGUACUGGCACCUGGACUGUCUGGAUCCGCCGCUCGCCGUGCCCCCUGUUCUGAAGACUUGGCGAUGUCCCGCUCACGUGGACGACGUCCUGAUGGAGGUGCCCAGCCUGGCUCCCGCGCACCGCUUCCGCAAGGUCAAGGGGAGCCAGGUGAUAUCGCCCGCGUUUGGCCGCGGCUUGAGGAACAACGGCUACAUCGACAUUGACUGGACGGACGAGCACGAGCACGAGCACGAGGAGCCCGACCAGUCCGGCUGGCCCGACGUGGGCUCCUUUGGGCGCAUGUACAAGCUUCCCGCCAGAGGGGUGAUUCUCGACUUUAUCGAGCAGCUACGGAACAGGGGGGCCGGGUAUGGGCCUCGCCGCGACGAAUCCAAAAUCAUUGCAUACCCCCUGCCGCCGAGCCAAGCCGACUCGGCAGGCCCUUUGCUGGGCUCGUCUCUGCAACGGAAGGUCGAGGAGCUGCAAGUCUCGAUCAAUCUGGUAGCCCUGCAGCAGAAACGGUCCGAUGGCAUUGAUCGGCUGACCUCCGCCCUCUUGGCCUCGGCAGACCAGAGCAUGCUGUCGCUCAUGGCCAGGGCCAACGCCGACAACGUGGCAUUCCACGGCCAGCUCACCGACGACGACAGGUUGGGACUGCGCGCCACGCUCGCCCAGAUGGACGCCAUGAGCUCACGCAUCCGGCAAGUGCUGGGAGACGACGACGUGGCCGCCACGCCGGCGCCGCCAACCAUCAAGGCCGAGGCCGAGGCCAGCUCCCCCUUUGCAGGAGCCGAGUCCCUCCACGGCCUCGUCGCGCACAAGGCGGAUGUCGUGCCUGUCGUGACGGAACCAACGCCGCCGUCCACGGUAGAUCACGCCGACGGCUCCAUGGACCUCGAUUAG